AUGAAGAAACCUGACCAGUACACAAACCGCCGGCCCGUUUGUCCCAUGUUUUACCUCUUCAAAUCAUUUAGUCUAGUGGAAUUUAACGCCAACGAUCUGAAGAACGCGAUCCAGUACCUUAAAAGCCCCAGUCACAUAGCAGAUGUGAAAAUCGGCAAGGUCAAUUUGGUAUCGUGCCUCACAUAUUUUCGAAAUGAAAAAUUUGUAAUAAUAUUAGACGAGUAUCAUCUUUCCCAUAUGACUUUUCUACCCGUACCGAAAUGGAAGGUACUUGUAAUAGCUGCAUUCAACUUGCAGGGCACUAUGUUCCAUUAUUUAUACAUUCGUGCGGUGCCAGUUACACAGGAGUCCCGCGUAGGUUCGAGGAAAAUCAACUCGGCUCUACACCUUGUAGUAAAACAAGUAAUCAAAAAGGGAUAUUCAAACAACCUCGUGGCAAUAGUGUCUGACCACUGUCCUGCAAACUUGACUGGCAUGCCCGAAGCCUCCGAAGCGUUCCCGAUUCUAUGGGACAAAGAGCAUUUCAAGAAGGGACUCGCGAAACACAAGCUCACGGAUGUUACGGACUAUUUGUAUGGAAAGUAUACGUAGACGACUGGAAGAGUAAGUUGGAAAAUGCGCCAAAGUUGGACAACUCAGCGUCCGAGAAGCAACAAAAACUUUACGACAGUGAGCUUCGAAACAUGAAUUUGAUUAUGGAGCGCCAUUUCGCCAUUUCAUCGGAUCCCUUAAAACUCUAUGCAGUGCACAGCAGGAGAUUGGAGCACCUGGGCAGGGCCCUGAUCCCAAAGGUGUACGAAAUUAUGAUGUACGCGAUAAACUUGCACCCACAUGAUGAGCUUCUGAAGGACCCAAUUUAUUAUAUAGCCCGUGUGGUUGGACUUAUGCUUAUACUAACCACCCCAAAAACAUUUAGCAGUAACGCGUAACUCAACAAAUUAUGUUCAAUUUUCGUUCGAAUAUUUUCCUCCGGUAUAUUUCCGGUAUAUUUGGG